CUCAUCACGGAGGCCGUUAGUUUUCGUGUCGAGGCCUGCGAGAAACUCACGCAGGGAGCUUUCAAGAAAAGUUGUCCCGCGGAGGAAAACCGGCUUUUUUUUUUGAUUCUUCGUCCGCAUUUGCUGCUUCAUCCUUUGCUUUUGGUGAACAACAGACUGACGAUGUCGUUCGUCCCGGGACAACCUGUGACCGCUGUUGUGGAAAGAAUCGAGAUCCAGAAGUUGUCUCAAGGACCAAACCUGGUUCUUGGCUUCUGCAUCGGAGGAGGAAUCGACCAGGAUCCGGGACAGAACCCGUUUUCUGAUGACAAAGCAGAUAAAGGCAUCUAUGUGACCCGGGUCUCACCAGGAGGACCGGCAGAUGUGGCGGGCUUAAAGAUAGGCGACAAAAUCAUGCAGGUGAACGGUUGGGAUAUGACCGUCGUGACUCAUGACCAGGCUCGGAAAAAACUGACCAAGAAGAACGAGCACGUGGUCCGGCUGCUGGUCACCAGGAAGACCCUGGAGGAGGCGGUGAAGCAGUCCAUGAGCAGACCCGGACCGAGCCCAGCACCGAGCCCGUUUGGUACGGCAGACACGACUGCGCUGCGGCCGCUUGGUGGUGACGGAGCCAAACCGCAGUCAGAUCAGACGCUCUUUCAGUUCUGUUCAACGGGGGAAAAAUGGGAUGAAAGAAAGAUGACCUUCAACUAACAAACUCCAACAAACCUUUUCAGAAUAAUCUUCUACAUCAACCGUUUAUGAAACACUAAUUUUUGAUAAACACUUCAAAGAAAACUUUUCAGGUUCAUCAACACUGUAAUAAUAAUAAUGUAGUGUUUUAUUGCAGAAGCUGGCAAUAAAAUGCAACGGAGAAGGAAUCUGAAACAUUUGACCAAAGGCUGAACAACAUUUCUGUGUUUUCCUGUUAAACUUUACUUCAAGGCAUCAAUAUUUACUACUUUUUUAUGGGUAAAACUACUAAAUAAUGUUUCUAAUUUUGUAUCAAUCAUAUUUUUUAGCUUUAAACAAAACUGUUGUUAUAUUCUGUUUGUUCUGUGAGGUCUCAGGAGUGGCCAUUGCUGUUCUACUUUGUUAAAAAAAAAAUCCGAUUUUUUUUUUUGUUUGAAAACUUCUAUAAAAUCUGAAUGUAAAAAAAGCUUCAAGAAAAACAAUCAAAUGGUUGAUUUGUUUUCUGCAAUUCUUGUUCUUCUUUGUCAUAUGGAUUUAUUCAAAUAAACCGAGCUGAAAAUCAA